AGUUUUUAAAGAUCCUGAUUCCGUGACUUCAAGCUUUACUUCAGUUAUACGCGUUCCGCCAUUAUUUUAUUGCCUCACGAUGUCGCGUGGAUACAGUAAUGGAAGGGGAUCUGGGAGGGACGACCGUGGUGGCGGAGGCCCUAUGAGAAGUCGACAGAACGGACGAUUUGAUUCCAGUUACCGUCCACCUUACGAUUUGCGCGAGUCUUCAUACAGGAGCGGUGGUGGAGGAGGAGGCGGGAAAAAGGAACUUGGUGAGAACCUCAAGCGUAUCAAAUGGGAUAUAUCCACAUUGAUUCCAUUUGAGAAGAAUUUCUAUGCUCCAACUACGAAAGUGAAUGCCCGCCCGGUUCCUGAAGUGGAUCACUACAGAGCGGAGCAUGAUAUCACCAUGGUGGGUCGAGACAUUCCAAAGCCGAUUAUCACCUUCGAAGAAGCAAAUUUGCCCGACUUCCUGAUGGAUGAGUUUCGGAAGCAGAAUUACAAGGCUCCAACUCCGAUCCAAGCACAAGGCUGGCCUAUGGCCCUCUCUGGUCGAGAUAUGGUUGGAGUUGCACAAACAGGGUCCGGCAAAACACUCGCCUACCUACUUCCUGCGUUCAUCCAUAUAAAGCACCAACCGCGUCUGGAGCGUGGAGAUGGGCCAAUAGUCGUUUGUUUAGCCCCUACCCGCGAACUUGCCCAGCAAAUUCAAGAAGUAGCAUCUCAGUUUGGACAGUAUUUCGAUGUCCGUUCCACUUGCGUUUUUGGCGGUGCUCCGAAAGGACCGCAGCUUCGUCUUUUGUCUCAAGGAGUUGAAAUUCUGGUCGCUACGCCGGGAAGGCUGAUUGAUUUCUUGGAAAUGGACCGUACAAACUUCCGCCGAACCACAUACCUUGUUCUCGACGAAGCUGAUCGCAUGUUGGACAUGGGAUUCGAGCCGCAGAUCCGCAAAAUCGUAAGCCAGAUUCGACCAGAUCGGCAAACUUUGAUGUGGAGUGCUACAUGGCCGAAGGAAGUGCGAAAGCUUGCUGAAGACUUUUUAACGGACUACAUCCAGGUGAACAUCGGUUCACUCCAGCUUGCCGCUAAUCACAAUAUUCUGCAAAUCGUUGACGUUUGUCAGGAAUGGGAGAAGGACGAAAAGUUGUUCCGUCUCUUGGAAGAAAUUAGUCAAAACCGAGAACGGAAGACCUUGAUCUUCACUGAGACUAAGAAAGGAGCGGAUGAAUUGACGAGGCGGAUGCGUCGACAAGGAUAUUCAGCUAUGACCAUUCACGGAGAUAAAUCGCAACCUGAAAGGGAUGCCGUUCUCAAUGAUUUCCGCUUUGGUAGGACAACAAUUUUGGUAGCAACGGACGUAGCAGCUCGUGGACUCGACGUAGACGACGUCAAGUUUGUCAUCAACUUUGAUUUCCCGAACUGUUCUGAAGACUAUGUUCAUCGUAUUGGUCGAACUGGAAGAUCGAACAAGACGGGUACAGCCUACACAUUUUUCACGGAGAACAAUGCGAAACAGGCCAAAGAUCUCGUGGCCAUACUGAGGGAAGCCAAUCAAGUGGUAAAUCCCAAGCUCAACGAGCUGGAAACCAGAUCUAGAACCAUGGGCAGUGGAACCAGAAGACGUUGGGGAGGCGGAGGUGGUGGCUCUUUCCGCGGCGCCUGUAAUGGCUACGGUGGACGCCGGGGUGGUGGCGGCAGUGGUGGAUAUCGUGGCGGCUACGGAUCGUAUUAGGAUCUUUUUCUAUUCGACGGUCGGAAUCGUGACAUUGCGUGAGCCACUAGCUGUCGGGAGUUAAAAACCGCUCUUUUUUCGAUUAUUCUGUUUCGCUUGUUUUGUCCGCCGUUUUAUUCCUACAUUUUGCAACUCGCUUGACGCUGUUGGCUACGCUGUGUUGAGACUUUAAUUCGGGUUAAGUAUUCGCCGGUGUACACUUGCGGAGACUAGGAGAGAAGGAAUUAUUCCGCAUUGGAUCUUGUUCAGUAUCUUUCCUGGUUCUCGCAAAUUUUGAACUGAUUAAGGUCGUUGCUUGGUGACUUCUUUUGAUUUUUUGUUGAAGAUUUGUCGUAAGCUUUUGAAGUCGCAUAAAGAAUUAGACCGAUAUGUUCUGUUUUGUGCACCUUUUUGAAUUCUCGCGAAGUUGGGAUCAAUAAUAAUUGGUUGUCAAUUGGAA